AUGUAUUUUUAUUCUUAUAUCAUGUCAUCAUCUUUUCCAGGCAUGAAUGCAGACGCAGUUUUCUCCCAUCAAAGCCCGUCUUUCACAGUUGACUAUAGUGGGAAGGUUCCUGUGGAGCAUCUAGAUUAUGAUUACAUUGAAAAGUGCAGAGAUGCAAAGUACCUGGAGAAGAUUUUAAGAUUACUGAGGUCUGGUGAGGAGGGCCUUUAUCCUCAUUUGAUCACAUUCUGUGAAAGCCACCUGGAGAAGCUGAACCCUAAAAGCCGAGCUCUCAGAAAGGAAAGCCCAAUAACCACUGCAGCUAGCCUUUCUAAAGAAGAAUGGAGCCAAAUUGUUGAUGAGAUGACGACAUGGGAAAAAGAAACCAAAACAAACGAAACUUCAAUUAAAGUGUCACUUUCUGAUGACCUUAUGAAAGAUAGAAUGCCCCCUAUCAGAGGUCUCAAUUGCUUUGUUCCUGAGAGCUCAGCUACAAAAGAAAGAAAGAAUACUUUGAAAUCUGUUCUGCCUCGUGACUAUCAAGAAUGGGACAAAUUUGAUGUAGAAAAAGAAUGUGACAAAAUAGACGGGAACGUGCUUAAAAAUGAUCCACCAGCAAUUUUAAACAUGGGACAUCUCAAAAUCAAGACGCAAGUGGAUACCUCAUUGCUGUCGCAAAAGGAGAAGUUCCUUCUGGCACAACGUGAAAAAGAUAAAGGAAAUGAGGCUUUCAGAGCAAAUGAUUAUGAGGAGGCUAUAGCAUACUAUUCCAGAAGCCUUUGCAUUUCACCCUCUGUUGCUGCAUUCAACAACAGAGCUCAGGCAGAGAUUAAGCUCAAACACUGGCACAAUGCCAUGAGCGACUGUGAGCGGGUGCUCGAACUUGAACCAGGCAAUAAGAAAGCCCUGCUACGACGUGCUACUGUUCAUGAUCAUAUGGGAAACGUCCAAAUGGCCUCUAAAGAUCUGAGGAUGGUGCUAAGAGAAGAACCACAUAACAUUCCAGCUACUCAAUUUCUCUCUAAAAUUGAGAAGCAGCUGUCAGAAUGUCAAUCAGAGCUACAACGCAAGGGCAAAAAAAUCCUCAUCCAGGAGGAAGAAGUUAACAGUUGUGAUGAAGAACAAGGACAACAAACAGCUUGUCCGGUUCAGCCUAGCCAGCCUGUGGGAGGGGAGGAGAGCUCUGCCGCUCCUGCUGAAAGGGGAGACAUGGGUAACGCUCAAAAAAAGCCCCACGGCAGAGGCGACGGGGGUCUACACAGCGAGUCCAACAACUCGCACCAUGGACACUGGAGGAGCAGAGGGGGUAGCUCAGACAAGUACAAAGUCCCACAGGAGUCAAAGGAAAAGGUAGCCAACGGUUCAAGCAAAAGGGGGUUGACGACUUCAGUGAAGGGUGAUCAAAGCGGCAGUGGAAAAGAAACUACAGUUGGGGGAAGCACAGGAGAACCUGUCAACCUUGAUGCCCCAUGUGGAGCCCUGCCUCUACCUCUGUGCCGGCUAAAAAAUGAGGGAAACCUGCUGUUUAAAAAUGGACAGUUUGGCGAUGCACUGGAGAAAUACACACAAGCCAUUCAGGGCUAUACAGAUUCAGGGAUUGAUAGUCCAGAGGAUCUAUGUAUUCUGUAUUCUAACAGAGCAGCGUGUAAACUGAAAGAUGGAAAUAGUCAAGAAUGCAUACAAGACUGUACAAGAGCCUUGGAGCUGCAGCCAUUCUCCCUCAAGCCUCUCCUUCGCCGAGCCAUGGCUUAUGAGUCCCUGGAGCGCUACCAAAAGGCCUAUGUGGAUUACAAAACCGUCCUACAGAUAGACAUGAGUGUACAGGCUGCACACGACAGCGUGAACAGGAUCACUCGGUUGCUUAUUGACCAGGAUGGUCCCGAGUGGAGGGAAAAACUUCCCGAGAUUCCCCUGGUGCCUCUUUCAGCUCAGCAGCACCGCAGAGAGGAACCACCCAGCGAAAAGGUCCUUCAGGCUCGAGCAGAGAAGGCUGCCAGGGAUGCAGAGAGAAGAGCCGAAGUCUCUUUUUCAGCUUCGAAGCAAGAGGGGAAUAAUUUUGUGAAGAAGGGCCAAUACCAAGAUGCUCUCGGGAUGUACACAGAAUGCCUUAAAUUAAAGCCAGAGGAGUGUGCAAUCUACACAAACAGAGCACUGUGCUACUUAAAGGUGGAGAGAUUUAGUGAUGCAAAGCGGGACUGUGAUGCAGCACUGAAACUGGAACCGACCAAUAAGAAGGCCUUUUACAGACGAGCCAUGGCCAAUAAAGGUCUCAAGGACUACCUAGCGUGCAGCGCCGACCUGCAGGAGGUGCUGCAGCUGGACCCGAAUGUGCAGGAGGCAGAGAAGGAGCUGGAGGAGGUGACAGUGCUGCUCAGACAGAGCCUGGGCAAUGCUGUACAGGACAAACCCAGAAAGAUUGUACCUAUCACAGAGGUAGACGACGAUGAGGACCUGGCAGCUGUUUCUAACUCAGCUGGCAGCAGUAGAGAGCAUAAAAUCACCAUCAACCACAAGCCCACCAGCGCCUAUGAUUUUGGGCAGUCUCUGAACGCUGCCCGCUGCAGCGGAAACACGGCGGCCUGCGCUGAACUGCUGGCCUCCACAGCACCCGAGAUCCUUCCCCAGUAUCUUAGCACCCAGCUGGAUGGACACACUAUCAGUUUCAUCAUGCAAGCGCUUGAUUCAGAUCUACUGGAGAAAGAUCCAAACUUGGUGUAUCAGCACCUCAGCCAUCUGCACACUGCUGAGCGGUUCUCGGUUGUACUCAGGCUACUGGAGAAAGAUGAACGACGAUACAUGACUCAGCUGUUUGAGCACCUUUCAGCUGUGGAGAGCACAAGGUUCACUAAGAAUGAUGUUCAGAAUCUGGCCAACAAAUACAUCUGAUCCUCCUGCCUCUGGCCCCUGCUACAUAAGCUCCUGCACCACCCAAAAUCGGAUCUAUGCAAAGCACUGCGCAAGAAUGUGCGCACAGCAAUACUAUGGAACUGAUGAGGAUCGCUUUACCCAUCCAAGAUUUAAAUGAUCCCUGAAUGUUUCUGUGAUGGUGUAAGAAAUCUAUUUUUCACUCCAUAACAUUUUGCUAUGCAGAUUUACUUUUGUACCGGAACGAACCUCUUUAAUUGUUCAAACAAAGAAUGAGUUUAAGGAGGUGAAAAGGCCUCUCACUUUAGUAUACAAAGAGUUAAGGCCCAAUGUGCAGUGUUAUGUAAGGCCACAGCCAAAAGUGUCCUCCUGUGGGGCAGUUGGGUUUCCUCAGGAUAAGCCUGUGCUCCCUGAACUAUGGAUGUGCUUUUUAACAGACAUUUAAUUAGAAAAAAUAUAUUGUCUGUCACAUGCCUGCUGAGUUUAAAGACACACUAAUGCUCCUAUCACAUCAGAUCAUUUCUAACCAACUUAUAAGAUGCACUUCUGGACCAACAUAUAAGAUAAUAUAAGAGUUUCAUUGUGACCAGAGUAGAGCCUUUGACAAAUAAUGUCAGCCUGAUGAGUCAUUGCAGUUAUGUGCAAAUAUGAGACUCUUGUUUUUUCUUGUUUAUUCAAGUAUACAGAAAACAGAUGUAAGAUUAAACAUAAAAUGUCACAUUAAAGAAGGAUGUGUUUAACUACCCUACCCGUCAGCGCACAUCAACAGUCAUCUCCUGACUUGUGAACACACUAUAUGAGAUGUGUACCUUGGUUUCACUAAAGGGUUACACACACACAGAGUUGUUAUCUGUGUAAUUUAGCUUCCAUCAAAUUAUCAAAUGACAUUUGCACCGUAAAUUCUACAUAUUUCACAUUCAUAUGCUAUUUUUCUAUGUUAAAAGCAUAUUAUACAUUUGAAAUCUGUUCCAAAAUGUUUCUCAGUUUUUCAUGAAUGUAUUACAACAGGGAGACUAACUGAGGACAAGAGGCAAUAAAUCUGCAUCUUAUACAUCUUAUUUCCACUGUGGUUUUAACUAUAUGUUUAAGUAGAAUUGUAAACAAAUGUGUACAGUAUUCUGAUUAUUAUUCAAUAAAAUUAAGAAAACCCAGCAAUUUGUCCUAUGUUGAAUUUAAAAUACUUGCGACUAAAUUGAAGCUGCUGUCUAAACUGAGAAGACAUUUUCAUGGUUUCUACCACUACAAUGAGGAACCUUGGAGUUAGUUUUGACUUGAAUCUGUCCCUUGAUUCCCAUUUAAAAUAGGUGUGGAACUAGGUUUAGAACUGCAUUCUUCACCUUUGCAAUAUUGAAAAAAAACUAGUACGUGCAUUUACUUCGAGAUUGCACAACUGUAAUUCUUUAUUAUUAACAUUCGUCUCAUAUCUUAAAAACAUAAUUAUUUGAUAUUUUUCCAACAGAGCACUUCAUUUUGCAGGUUAACUUGUGGUAACAGUUUCUAAAGUAGAUGGGAGGCAGAGCCUUAAGAUAUCAGGCCCCUCUCUUAUGGGCCAACUGCCAGUACAUGCGUGGGAAGAAACCCUCUCUGUCUUUAAGAUUUACCUUAAAACCUUCCCUUUUUUGACAAACCUUACUUAAUGAUGGCUCAGGUGACCCUGAAACUUUCCAUCAUUAAACUGCCAUAGGCCUUAAUUGUUGG